GGAUGACGGGUUUAAUCUUUUCUCUCUCUCUCUCUCUCUCUCUCUCUCUCUCUCUCUGUCUGUCUCUGCAGUCAGUCCUUUGUAUAAGUUGCACAGGAGCGCGUUUAGUGCUGAAGGAGGACGGAUUUGUGGGUCUGAUUUACAGUAUAGAGUACACUUAGAGAACAACAGCACUAGUUUUGUUUUUGUUUUUUUUUCAGAUCGCGAGGUGUAGGCUGGUGUCCCCACUUUUUUUUUUUCCUCUUUCUGUUUUGCACAGCUUUCUGUUUUGUGAACCUUAGAGUAGAAAGGAAAGCGGAGAAGGGAAGCCAAAUGACUAAUGCGAGCUAGCUUUCUUCAUCUGACGCAUCUGCGCAUUUAAUUUUUAUUAUUAUUAUUAUUAUUUGUCUUUAAAUCUAAUUCUGCUGCUCUUGAGAGUGCAUGGAGAUCUGACUGAAUGGGAUGGUUUUAGUGACGUUGCGGCGCUCUCUCCUUGGCCAUUGGCGAAGUGCGCGUGAGAUACACAGCUGCAUUACAUCAGUGCUCGGUCUGAGCUCGAGCGCGCCGCGGAAACGGAGCCCGGUGUACGGCGGGGAAGGCUGCGGGAUCUGAACGGGUCCCGGUGAAUGAUUGUCGGGACGCGUUCAUGGCACGCGACUUUGACAGCGCGCCACUACGCGUCUAAACGUGCACAGGGGAGCUCGUGCAGCGAUAGUCUACAGGUUCUGACGUCUCGAUGGCUGAGACAACAUCCCCCGAGCCUCUGUCCAGUCUGGACGUGGCCAUAGACCCGGACUUUGAGCCUCAGAAGCGGCCGAGGUCAUGCACUUGGCCGCUGCCGGAGUCCAGCUUGGCGAAGCCAGAAGCCAACGACACGUACAUCAUCCCGGAGGAAGAGGAUGAUGAGGAGGAGAGUGCAAUGGCUGUUAGCGCGAACGGAGACGACGGCAGGCCCGAUGCACUGAGCUCGAGCGGAGAUCAGGAUCAGGACCAGGAGCAGGCGGGAUCGCAGACCCAGGUCGAGGCUAAAGCGCGCGCUGCUGAGGUGAAUGGCCAGGGGGUGCAGCCGCAAACCCCACGCAAGUCCUCAUCUCGCAGGAACGCCUGGGGAAACCUGUCCUACGCAGACCUUAUCACAAAAGCCAUAGAGAGCACGCCGGACAAAAGACUGACUCUGUCUCAGAUCUAUGACUGGAUGGUCAGAAAUGUCCCCUACUUCAAAGACAAAGGAGACAGCAACAGCUCCGCUGGCUGGAAGAAUUCCAUCCGGCACAACCUGUCCCUGCACAGCCGUUUUGUCCGUGUCCAGAAUGAGGGAACUGGAAAGAGCUCGUGGUGGAUGAUAAAUCCAGAAGGGGGGAGGGGAGGCAAGGCACCACGUCGUCGCGCGGUCUCCAUGGACAAUGGAAACAAGUACACCAAGGGUGCACGAGGACGUGCAGCUAAAAAGAAGGCAGCAUUACAGGCUACCCAGGAGGGAUCGCUAGAGAAUGUGUCUGCUGGGGGUCUGUCCAAGUGGCCAGGUAGUCCUACAUCACGCAGCAGUGAUGAACUGGAUUCCUGCUGGACUGACUUUCGUUCACGAACAAACUCCAAUGCUAGCACAAUAAGUGGCCGUCUGUCACCUAUCCUAGCCAAUCCAGAGUUGGAUGAGGUUCCAGAUGAUGAGUUGGGCCCACCCCUCUCCCCAAUGCUGUACUCGAGUUCCAGCAGCCUUUCUCCUCCCUCUUCAGCCUCCUCAAACUCCAAACAAUGCCCAGCUGAGCUUCCACGACUAGGUACAAUGAACCUCAACGAUGGGCUAACUGACAACCUUAUGGACGACCUGUUGGACAACAUAACACUUGCACCAUCAACACAGGCAGGUCAGGAUGGUUCCACCUUCACUUUUGGGAGCACCACUUCCUCUCCAGGCUCCUCCUCUUCCUCACCAAAUGGUGCCAGUAGUGGUGGAGGGUUUGGUAAUUCCAUUUUUGGUCCCUCCACUGGAGCAUUACGUCAGGCACCCAUGCAGACCAUCCAGGAGAACAAGCAAGCAUCUUUUUCAAGCAUUUCUCGUUUUGGGAACGCCACCCUUCAGGAGCUGCUAAACUCUGACUCGCUAGGCUCCCAUAGCCACAGUGAUGUCAUGAUGACACAGUCUGACCCACUCAUAUCACAAACCAGUGCAGCCGUUGCUUCUCAGAGUUCCCGUCUUCGCAAUGGCCUCAUGCACCCCAAAGACCCUAUGAUGUCAUCAUUCAGUUCUGGGUUUAAAGCUCAGAGCAGCCUUCUGCAGAACAACCGACAUCAUCAGGGCUCCAAUGCCCAGGGAUCACUGCACUCACUCCCCAAAAAUGGUCACCCAAGCCUGGCCAAUGACAUUAAUAAUGUAGUGUCUGCCAAGCAGCAUCUCCAGCAGCACUCCUCCAUGUUGCUGAGUGAGGCUACUGUUUACUCUGGGUUGAAUGGCAGUAAUGGAAUGGGGAUUUCACAAACAGAACGCUUUCCCACUGACUUGGAUUUGGACAUAUUCAACGGGAGUCUUGACUGUGAUGUGGAUUCCAUAAUCCGCUCAGAUCUUAUGGACGCUGAUGGUCUAGACUUUAACUUUGAUGCUUUGGUGCAAAAUGGCGUCAGCCUGAACCCUGUUGGCAGCUUCAAUGGGACGACACAGUCCAGUCAAAGCUGGGUUCCUGGCUGAAAGUGGUUCCAAAGGCGCAAAACUGCAUUGCAAAAAAAAAAACAAACCCACAGACAAAUUUCCAUCCAUCACAGACUCACGCCAUCCAUUGCCAAGCCUGCCGCCAGCACCAAGCACUGGAACCUAUGCCUGUUUACAGUCUACAGCUCUGGAGAAUCUUUACCUUCAGUGCAGGAAACACACCAUCCUGAAUGAAUGACUGCACACAGGACCCACACAGGAGUCCCAACCAGCUCCCUUAUGGACAAACGAGAAAAUUCCAAUUAAUUGACACCUAUUUCAGAAGCCCCCCAAAAUUCAUGAAUCAAACAACGCCAAGCUCCAAAAUCAAGUGUUUUGGACAGAUAUACGUACUGGAAAAGAGAACAGAUUUGAUAAGUUUUCAGGGUAUUAAAAACAUGUUCAUGGGCUAUGGAAAAGAUUUUCUCUGACUUCCUUAUGGUUUCAAGUCAUCUUCAAGCACUUACACUUUAAUCGUUAAUCAAACUGAGAAUAAAAUUUAAGAGGACAAAGCUCACAUGAGUCUAUCUACCCCUUGCAAAUUUCAGAAGUAACACUCAGAUUGAGUUAUGUUUUGACUUGGUGCACUUUGAAUUCUGCCUACAGUUUCAGUUUCGAUAGUGGCAUAAUCAGUUUCUAAUUUGAAGUAGUAGCCUAAUAUCAGAACUGAAGUAAUACCUUAUUGUAGCAUAAUAUGAUAAGAGAAAUUACUUACUGUUUGUUUGUACUGUAUGUAACUAUUAAAAAAAAAAACAAGAAAGAAAAAGUAAUGGGUUCUAGCUCAUUUGUAAAUGCUUCUAAGUGAGAGCUUAGCUGGUGGAAGAAUACUCUUUAGUUAAUAGUAAUGCAACGUCAGGGCUAUGGCAUAUCCGUGUAGCCAAAUUAAUGACUUCAAAAUGUUCUUGCAUUGUGAACAUUUUCAUGCCAUACCGGGUGCUAAAUAAUCAGUGUUGGGCCCUGUUCUUUAUGGAGGCCGUGUGUGUUCCCAAUGCUUGAAGGACAGAGCAUAAACAAUAUACCAUAGCUUAUGGCAGCAUUCAGUGGCGGGUCGGCUUUCCGCUGUGGAAGCCAUCUUUUACUGAGCAAAAACAAUAAGCUAUCAUUUGUAUAUUUGCCAAAUUACUUGAACAUGUUGGAGAUGCUGGUAGCCAAAAGCAAGAGAAAAAAAAAAAACAGAUAGUUGAAUUUAGAGACUUCCUGUCUCUAUAUGCAAACUACAUCACCGUGGCUCAGGGUUGAAAGGGGUUACCAUAAAAAACAUUCAGGUCCCCAUUUAGUUCUAACUGCAACCUGGUUGUAUACAAUUUCUUGACAAUAAGAAAUGUUAAGGGAAUGUGUGCAUUUCUACAUAAGCAACAAACUUAAAACAGGACGCAACGAAAGAAUUUGUUGUUGCGUUUUUUUUUGUGGGAGGGGUUUGGGGCGGGGUUGUUUUGUCUCUAUAUUGAGAUUUUGUUUUGGAAAGCUCAGCUUUUAUUACAAUUGUAUAAAAUGAUUAAAUCCCCAGUGUUCUGUGUUGUCUCCCUCCACUAUGCAUGUAUGUAACUGUGCAUAUGCAUUGUGUGAAAUAUGUAAAACAUCCUGCUUAAAGUCAUGUAAUGUUGUGAUGGCACAGUACCAGUUCUUUUUCAAAUAUGAAGUAUUGAAAAUGGCGUGGGCAUUUUUGUGAGAGGGGUUUGGACCACUCCUGGGGGGAGUUAAGUCGAGAUGAGAAAAUACCCAAAAAUAUCCUUCGUCCAAAAGUCAGAGUAGCCUCCAAGUACACAAACUAAAGGUGCUGUGUAGGUGUUGUGAAAAUGAAAAAUUGUGUAAUUCGUCUUCUUCAUAGACAUUCUUAUUUUUACACACGGACACACCGAACCAUAAGAGCAAGUAAUAACUCAUAUAAUGAGCCUCAUUUAUCAAUCUUUUAGUGAAGUUGUGUGUCAAUAUUUUCAUAGGCCACACCCAACUUCAAAUUCCUGCCACAUUUACAAAAAGUUCCCGCGACGCUGAUUUCCUUCGUACUCUCAAGCGUAUGUUUAUAAAUACCGAUCACGUGUAAAGCACGUUCACGGCACAGCAGAUUUUCAUUUAGCUACACCCACAAAGCUCCAUAAUAAGGAAAGUUCCUGGAGAGCUUAAAGUGCAAAAUCAGGAUAACAAGGUGAAAGAAAAGGAAUUUCGCAGAAGUGGAAGUUAUUUUGACUCACACUGACACCAAUAAACCAUAAUAUUCACCAGCGCCUGAAAAGGCCAAAAUGCGGAGACAGAUUACAGAAAAAAUGAAUUAGGUGUGAAUUACGUGAGGUGAAAAGAAAAUGGAUUGACAUGAAAACAGAGGGAAAAAGAUAUCUACACUGUUUUGGUGAAUGUCUCUUGCACACUAGUGCAAUGCGAUACCGACUCAGAAAUGGAUGAGGAAAUGUGUUGUGAGGAAACCUGAUGAAUUCAAACAGAAACCAAUGAUGGCUAGGGAAUAUACAGCUCAUUGGAGGUUGAGACAUACCAGAUCAGUCACUUAUCUCAAAUCCAAGCGCUGACAGAACUGGGACACUGGGAAUGGCACAAGAUCGUUCGGUCGUUUGAAUUAAUGCUAGCUCCAAAGUGCUGCACAGAAUCAAACAAACCUAAUUAUUAGCCAGCUUUGAUUCUCCAGAAAAAUUAUACCAGUCUAAAUAUCCGUCCCUUGCUAAGCAUAGCGUGCGUUAAAAAUUCCAGUAGCCCAAUGCCAGCUGAGUAUUUGCAGCUGUUCGUCUUACAUCUUCCAUAUUCCAUUGUCUUAAUUUAUGGAUUUGGGUUGCGUUCUUUUAUUAUUAAUAUUUUUUCAUAUUUUAUAUUUCUUUACUUAAUGCCAUUAAUAUGAAACAACAGUUUCCUUUUUUUUUUUUUUUUUUUUUUUUUUUAACUAAAUCCAUGCAACUGAAAUAAAAAAAAGUGAAUUAAACCUGACAGCGUAAUCCAUAUAUAAACCUGCAGUAACUCGUGUGUUCAUAUCCAGGCUGAUAAAUGAGGCCCAUUAGAAAAUCAUGCAUAAAAAAACAGCCAUGCUUAACAUUCAGGAUACACAAAUCUUUUAAAAAAAAAUUUUUUUAUUGGCCUUUGUUCUUCAGAUCAAACUUGCAUGUGGAUCUUCUUCUUAUUAUUACUAUUAUUAUUAUUAUUAUUAUUAUUAUUAUUAUUUGUGGGAGGGGAGGGAACUGAGUUAUAGACCACCUCCAUAUGUUCCAUGGGAAUGAUAGUUAUCCUUUUAUCCAGCCAGCUGUAAUAUCCUCCCAAGUCAAAGGUGUUAUAUGUCCAUGCUGAGAAUCAGAAAUCAGUACCACUAUUCUAAUCUCUUCCUGACUUUAUCCCCUUUUCAUGUUUCCCACCUAUUAUCUUUGCCCCUUGACCCCUUGAUCCUGUAGUAAUGACUUCUCUUCUUGAUGUUAGUGGGUAUUUUUUCCUGUGUACUCCAUUUUGAAUUGCAAACUAGUUUGUAUAAAAAUGGUGCGCAUGUAAAUAAAGCUUGAUUGAGCUGUA